AUGGAUAGUAACACACAAGAGAACGAAAAUGAAUCGUUGACGAUGAACAAUUUAAAUCCGUACAUUUUUGGCGUCACAGAUUCUGUGCGAGGUCCAACCGUGACGAGAGCAGUUGAAAUCGAGCAGCAGCUGAAGAAUGACGUCAACCGAUUUCCAUUCUAUCGUGUUAUUCGAGCCAACAUCGGCGAUCCACAUGCCAGUGCUAAUCAAUCGCCAAUCACAUACAUUCGUCAAUUCGUUGUUGGAUGCACUUAUCCUCCUUUGAUGAACAUGUCUGACUUUCCAUCAGACAUCAAACAUCGAGUCGAACGUCUACUAGAUUCUUGCGGUGGCAAAAGUCUCGGUUCGUACACAGAAAGUCAGGGUAUUCGUACUGUUCGAGAAGAUAUUGCUAAUUAUAUCGCACGUCGCGACGGUUAUCCAGCUAAUCCCAGUGAUAUUUAUCUUUGCAAUGGAGCAACCGAAGGUAUCAGAUUGGUGUUGAAACUUCUCAUGAACAACGAUCGAAACAAACCAUCCGGCAUUAUGAUUCCUGUUCCACAGUAUUCAUUGUACAGUGAUACGCUGUCUUUAUAUGGCGCUUAUCAGAUUGGGUACUAUCUUGAUGAAGACAAUAAUUGGGCGUUGAAUUUAGAUGAGCUAGAAAGAUCGUUCGACGAAGCGAAAGAACACUGUGUGCCUCGGGGUAUUGUCAUUAUCAAUCCUGGAAAUCCUACGGGUCAAAUACUUACGGCAGAAAACAUUAGAAUGGUGAUUAAAUUUGCCUACAAGCAUAAACUUUUUAUUGUGGCUGAUGAAGUCUAUCAAGAAAAUAUUUACCUUCCUAAUUUCAAAUUUUGUUCAUUUAAAAAAGCAUUGAUGGAUCUUGGUUCACCUUACAAUCAAAUGCAAAUGGCUUCGUUUCAUUCAGCAUCCAAAGGAUGGCACGGCGAGUGUGGUUCGCGUGGUGGCUAUUACGAAUUGAUCAAUCUGACUGAGGAUGUUCGAAUACAAGUAAAUAAACUUGUAUCUGCUGGUAUUUGCUCGACAGCAUGGGGUCAAGUAGUGAUGAAUGCCAUCAUUAAUCCACCAAGGAAAGGCGAACCUUCCUAUGAACUUUACGAGAAAGAGCGAUCCGACGUUUUUAAUCGUCUCAAGCAGAAAGCCAAUUUAAUCACUGAUCUAUUCAAUUCUGUCGAAGGUGUUCGUUGCAAUAGAGUUAUGGGAGCCAUGUAUGCUUUUCCUCGUAUCGAUCUACCGGAGAAAACAGUUGAACACGCCAAAUCUAUAAAUAUGACACCAGAUACUUUCUACUGUUUUCAAUUGCUGGAAAAGACCGGAAUUUGCGUGGUGCCUGGUAGUGGCUUCAAGCAACGACCAAAUACCUAUCACUUUCGCAUAACUAUUUUAUCACCAGUCGAUGAAAUCAAACAAAUUGUAGAACGAUUUCGCACAUUUCACGAAUCUUUUUUGCGUGAAUGGCAAUAA